AGAGGGUUUUGUGAAUUCUCGCUUGGAAUGGCAACCUGAGCAGCCAGUAACCAUGGAAGGUUGUCAAGGGAGGGACAGUUGGAGGGGGCAGGUCCAGAGUUCGAAGUUCCAAGUUAGGAAAACCAGGUUAGGAAUGGACACAGGGAGACGCGAAAAGGCCCUGAGGCCACUGCAGUAGACCCAGGAGAAUUAUGGUUGGGGCUGGACCAGUGACGGUAGAGGGAGAUGUGAUGAGAUUCUUCAUAGGCCUGAAAGAUAGGGCCCGGAGGUUUUCCUGGUGCUUCAGUUAUGUCUGAACAAAGGCGGUGAAGAACCGUUUCAAGUGUUUGUUUUGUUUUUUGUUUUCUGUUUGAACGUUUGAAAGAAUGGAGUUGGGGAAGUCAGCAUAAAGAGCAGAUUUCCGGGAGAAGAUCACAGGUUGGAUUUUGGACAUGGUGAUUCUCAAAUGUGUCAAGAUGGAUAUGUCACACAGACAGGUGGACAUAAAGGUGUGGAGUCUGAGGAAGGGGAUUGGGUUGGCGAUACCAGACAGAUGGAGGGCUUGGACUGGGCCAGAGAAUGGUCUGAGGAUCAGAUUGAGUAGGUCGGUCUCGGGUUUUUUUUGUUUGUUUGUUUGCAUAAAUUUAAGGAGUCAAGUGCAGUUUUGUUAUAUGGAUAUAUUUGCAUAGUGGUGAAGUCUGGGCUUUUAAUGUAUCCAUCGCCUGAAUAAUGUACAUUGUAUCCAUUAAGUAAUUUUUCAUCACUCAUCUUCGUCUCAUCCUUCUACCUGUUUGGAGUCUCCAAUGUUUGUCAUUCCACACUCUUUGUCCAUGUGUACACAUUAUUCAGUUUCCACUUGUAAGUGAGAACAUUUGGUAUUUGACUUCCUGUUUCUGAGUUGUUUCAUUUAAUAAUGGCCUCCAGUUCCAUCCACAUUGCUGUAAAAGACAUAGUUUAAUGCUUUUUUUUUUUUUUGUGGCCUAGUGGUAUUACCUUGUGUAUAUAUAUGCCACAUUUUCUUUACCCAGUCAUACAUUGAUGGACAGUUAGGUUAAUUCCCUAUCUUUGCUAUUGUGAAUAGUGCUGUGAUAAAAAUACAUGUUUUUUUUUAUGUAGUGAUUUAUUUUCCUUUGGGUAGAUGCCCAGUAGUGGGAUUGGUGGAUUUAAUGGUAGUUCUAUUUUCAGUUAUUUGAAAAAUCUUCAUACUGUUUUCCAUUGAGGUUGUACUUAUUUACAUUCUCACCAACAGUGUGUAAGCUUUUUCUCUUCUCCAUAUCCUGGGCAACAUCGGUUGUUUUUUGACAUUUAAAUGAUAGCCAUUCUGACUGGUGUAAGGAGAUACUGUGGUUUUAAUUUGAAUUUGUCUGAUGAUUAAUGAUGUUGAGCAUUUUUUAUAUGCCUGCUUGCCAUUUAUAUGUCUUCUUUUUGAAAAAUGUCUGCCCUGUGCUUAGAUGGAGUCUUGCUCUGUCGCCCAGGCUGGAGUGCAGUGGCGCGAUCUCGGCUCACUGCAACCUCCACCUCCUAGGUUAGUUCAAGCAAUUCUGCUGUCUCAGCCUCCCAAGUAGCUGGGAUUACAGGUGCCCACCACCACGCCCAGCUAAUUUUUUGUAUUUUUAUUAGAGACGGGGUUUCACCAUGUUGGCCAGGCUGGUCUUGAACUCCUGACCUCAGAUGAUCCACCUGCCUCGGCCUCCCAAAGUGCUGGGAUUACAGGCGUGAGCCACUGUGCCCAGCCCUGUGCUUACUGUUAAUGAGAUUUUUUUGUUGUUGUUGUUUUGUUAUGUUUUGUUUGUUUGUUGUUGAGUUCUUUGUAAAUUCUGGAUAUUAGUACCCCAUCAGAUGCAUAGUUUGCAAAUAUUUCAUCCCAUUUUUCAGGUUGUACAUUUACUUGGUUGAUUAGUCCUUUUGCUAUACAGAAGCUGUUUAGUUUAAUUAGGUCCUAUCUGUCUACUUUUGUUUAUGUUGUUUAUGCUUUUGAAGUCUUAUUCAUGAAUUUUUUUGCCUAGACCAAUGUCCAGAAGGGGUUUCCCUGAGUUUUCCUUUAGUAUUUUUAGUUCAGGUCUUUCAUUUAAAUCUUUAAUUCAUCUUGAGUUGAUUUUUGUAUAUGGCAAGAGAAAUUGGUCCAGAUUCAUUCUUCUUCACAUGGCAAUCCAGUUUUCCCAGCACAUUUUAUUGAAAAGUGUGUCCUUUCCGUAGUGUGCAUAUUUGUUGCCUUUCUCAAAGAUCAGUUGGCUGUAGAUAUGUGGCUUUAUUUCUGGGAACUUUGUUCUGUUCCAUUGAUCUAUGUGUCUAUUUCUGCAGUCAAAUGCUUUACCACUGAGCUAUACACCUUAUGUGUCUAUUUCUAUCCAUUACCAUGCUGUUUUGGUUAUACCAACUUGUAGUAUAAUUUGAAGUCAGAUGGACUUAAUUUGAGGGAAAUCUUGAGGUUGUCAUUUCAGGUGGGCUCUGUGUUGAGAGAGCAGGGGGCUGAGACUUGGGGGCCAGACCAUUGGUGGCUCCACAGACAUCAUACUCUGUCCAGAAAGGUGCAGACCUGGCAUAACAGGGAUUCUGGAUUGCAUCUGUAAAAAGGGAGGCCUGGACUGGAGUCCCCUGGCAAUGGCAGAAAUGGACCCUACACAGGCUUAACAGGAAGCAUAACUGGGAGGCCUCAGGAAACACAAUGCCGGCGGAAGGUGAAGGGGAAGCGAGGCACAUCUUCCCAUGAUGGAGCAGGAGAGAGGGAGAGAAUGAAGGAGGAAGAGCCACACACUUUUAAACAACCAGAUCUCGGCCGUGUGGUCUUUGAGGACGUGGCCAUAUAUUUCUCCCAGGAGGAGUGGGGGCACCUUGAUGAGGCUCAGAGAUUGCUGUACCGUGAUGUGAUGCUGGAGAAUUUGGCCCUUUUGUCCUCACUAGGUUCUUGGCAUGGAGCUGAGGAUGAGGAGGCACCUUCACAGCAAGGUUUUUCUGUAGGAGUGUCAGAGGUUACAACUUCAAAGCCCUGUCUGUCCAGCCAGAAGGUCCACCUUAGUGAGACAUGUGGCCCACCCUUGAAAGACAUUCUGUGCCUGGUUGAGCACAAUGGAAUUCAUCCUGAGCAAGACAUAUAUAUUUGUGAGGCAGAGCUUUUUAAGCACCCAAAGCAGCAAAUUGGAGAAAAUCUUUCCAGAGGGGAUGAUUGGAUACCUUCAUUUGGGAAGAACCACAGAGUUCACAUGGCAGAGGAGAUCUUCACAUGCAUGGAGGGCUGGAAGGACUUACCAGCCACCUCAUGCCUUCUCCAGCACCAGGGCCCUCAAAGCGAGUGGAAGCCAUACAGGGACACAGAGGACAGAGAAGCCUUUCAGACUGGACAAAAUGAUUACAAAUGUAGUGAAUGUGGGAAAACCUUCACCUGCAGCUAUUCAUUUGUUGAGCACCAGAAAAUCCACACAGGAGAAAGGUCUUAUGAAUGUAACAAAUGUGGGAAAUUCUUUAAGUACAGUGCCAAUUUCAUGAAACAUCAGACAGUUCACACUAGUGAAAGGACUUAUGAGUGCAGAGAAUGUGGAAAAUCCUUUAUGUACAACUACCGACUCAUGAGACAUAAGCGAGUUCACACUGGAGAAAGGCCUUAUGAGUGCAACACAUGUGGGAAAUUCUUUCGGUACAGCUCCACAUUUGUUAGACAUCAGAGAGUUCACACCGGAGAAAGGCCGUAUGAGUGCAGGGAAUGUGGGAAAUUCUUUAUGGACAGCUCCACACUCAUUAAACAUCAGAGAGUUCACACCGGAGAAAGACCUUAUAAGUGCAAUGAUUGUGGGAAAUUUUUUAGGUAUAUCUCCACACUCAUUAGACAUCAGAGAAUUCACACUGGAGAAAGGCCUUAUGAGUGCAGUGUAUGUGGGGAAUUGUUUAGGUACAACUCCAGCCUCGUUAAACAUUGGAGAAAUCACACUGGAGAAAGGCCUUAUAAAUGCAGUGAAUGUGGGAAAUCAUUUAGGUACCACUGCAGGCUCAUUAGACACCAGAGAGUCCACACGGGAGAAAGGCCUUAUGAGUGCAGCGAAUGCGGGAAAUUCUUUCGUUACAACUCCAACCUCAUUAAACAUUGGAGAAAUCACACUGGAGAAAGGCCUUACGAGUGCAGAGAGUGUGGGAAAGCCUUUAGCCACAAGCAUAUACUUGUUGAGCACCAGAAAAUCCACAGUGGAGAAAGACCUUAUGAGUGCAGCGAAUGCCAGAAGGCCUUUAUUAGAAAGUCUCACCUGGUUCAUCACCAGAAAAUCCACAGUGAAGAGAGGCUUGUGUGCUCCAUGAAUGUGGGGAAUUCUUUAGCUAAAACUCCAACCUCAUUAAACAUCAGAGAUUUCACAAUGGAGAAAGUUUACCAUUGACUAUUGUAAUUGGGUAGUAAUGUUAUAUAAAUUACACAUUUUUAUGCAACUAAUCUCCAGAACAUUUUUCCUCUUACCAAAAAGUAAAAUGCUGUACCCAUUAACAACAACUCAUUCCCCUUCCCUACUUCCGCAGAAAUGUCUCAACUAUAUUUCUAUACUCUAUGGUACUUAUAUGAGGUACCAAUAGAUAUCUGUGAAUUUGAUAUCUAUUUGUACCUCAUAUAAGUGGAUUCUACAGUAUUUAUCUUUUGAGACUGGCUUAUUUCACUUAGGAUAAGGUCUUCACGGUUCACGCAUGUUGUAUAAUGUGUCAGAAUAUCCUUCCUUUUUAGGUGAAAUAAUAUUCUAUGGUAUUUAUAUACCACAUUUAUUUAUCCAUUCAUCUGUUAGUGGAUACUUGGGCUACUUCCACCUUUUGCCUAUUGAAAUAAUGCUGCUAUGAAGAUGAGUGCACAAGUGUCUAUUCAAGAUUCUACUUUCAAUUCUUAUAGGGUAUAUACUCAGAAAUGGUGGUGCUGGAUCAUAUAGGAUUUCUAUUUUUUUUUUUUUUUGAGAUAGAGUCUUGCUCUGUCACCCAGGCUGGAGUGCAGUGCUGUGAUCUUGGCUCACUGCAAGCUCCGCCUCCCAGGUUCAUGCCAUUCUCCUGCCUCACCCUCCCGAGUAGCUGGGACUACAGGUGCUUGCCACCACGCCUGGCUAAUUUUUUUGUAUUUUUAGUAGAGACGGGGUUUCACCGUGUUAGCCACGAUGGUCCUGAUCUCCUGACCUUGUGAUCUGCCUGCCUUGGCCUCUCAAAGUGCUGGGAUUACGGGCGUGAGCCACUGCGCCUGGCCAGGAUUUCUAUUUUUAAUAUUUUUGGGAAAAUUUUUCCAUAGUACCUGUGCCAUUUUACAUUCCCACCAGCAGUGCACAAGGAUUGCAAUCUAUAUACAACCUCACCAACAUUGUUCAUUUUCUAUUUCUGUUUUUGGGGUUUUUUGUAGUGCCUUUUGUUUUUGAUAGCAGCUAUCCUGUUGGAUGUGAGGUGGAAUCUAUAGUGUCUUUCAUUUUUAUUUUGUGAAUGAUUAAUGAUGUUGAGGAUCUUUUCAUGUGCUUGUUAGGCAUUUGUGUAUCUGGAAAAAUAUUCAAGUCUUUUUUUCCAUUUUUAAUGGGACUAUUUGCUUUUUGUUGUUGAGUUGUAGUUCUUUAUACAUUCUGGAUAUUAACUCCUUACCAAAUAUAUGCUUUUUACAUAUUACCUCCCAGUCCAUAGGUUGCUUUUUCGCUCUGUUGAUUGUGUCCUUUGAUGAAAUUUUAAAUUUUGAUGUACUGUUGACUCUUUCUGUCUGUGGGUUCUGUAUUCAUGGAUCGAAGCAACCAUGGAUCAAAAGUAUUUGGAGCAUCCAUGGAUUGCAGUGAUCAUUAAUCAAAAAUAUUUGGAAAACAAAAAGGGUAGUUGCAUCUGUACUAAACAUGAACAGACAUUUUUUCUUGUCAUUAUUCCCUAAACCAUAUAGUAUAAUAAAUAUUUACAUAGCAUUUACAUUGUAUUAGAAGAUAUAAAUAACCUAGUGAUAAUCUAUAUAGGAAGAUGUGUGUAGGUUAUAUGCAAACACUAUGCCUUUUUAUGUGAGGGACCUCUUGAGCAUCAGAUGAUUUUGGUAUCCACAAGGGGUCCUGGAAUCAGUCCCCCACAGACACCAAGGGAUGACUGUAGUGCAUUUUAUCUAUUUUUACUUCUGUUACCUGGGCUUUUGAUGUUAUAUAUAAAAAAAAUUAGUAUCAAAUCCAAUGCCGAGCAUUUUCCCUAUGCUUUAUUCUAAGAAUUUUAUAUUUGUAGGUCUUACAUUUAGGUCUUUUUUUUUUUUCUUUUGGAGACAGAGUCUUGCUCUGUCACCCAGCCUGGAGUGCAGUAGUGGAAUCUCAGCUCACUACAACCUCCGCCUCCUGGGUUCGAGCCAUCACCCCACCUCAGCCUCCCAAGUAGCUUGGAUUACAAGUGUACACCACCACACCUGGCUAAUUUUUGUAUUUUUAGUAGAGAUGGGGUUUUGCCAUGUUGGCCAGGCUGGUCUUAAACUUCUGGCCUUAAGUGAUCCCCCUGCCUCGGCCUCCCAAAUUGCUGAGAUUACAGGCAGGAGUUGUAAUGCUCUGUGCCUGGCAACAUUUAGAUCUUUAAUCUACUUGGGGUUCAUUUUUGCAUAUGGUUUAAGGCAAAAGUCCACUUUAUGUGGCUAUCCAGUUUUCCAAGCACCAUUUUUUGAAAAGAGCAUCUUUCCUCUGUUGAGUAGUCUUGGCACACUUGUCAAAAUCAUUUGUCCAUAUAUGCCAUGGUUUAUAUGUGGAUUCUCUAUUUUAUUGGUCAUAUGUCUGUCUUUAUGUCAGUACCACACAUUUUAGGUGUGUGUGUGAGACUCAGUGUUGAGGACAAGGCUAGUGGGCUUUCACACUCCAGACUGCUGUAUUCCAGCCCAAAUUAUUCAAAUUAGCCAAUCCAUGGGGAACAUGGAAAACGUAGCUAAUGCAAUCCCCUUGCCUUACCUAAGUUGUCCCCUGCAGCCUCAGGUUGCUGUUACUCUGUCUCAGAUGCAACCCUCUGUGGGACCCUACCCAAGUUCUCUCAUUCUUAGCUAUAGGUAAUAAAUAGUUCUGAUUUUGUGUAUCCAAGUGACAUUGGGUUGUUUCUUGCUAUCAGAAGAACCCAGAAAAGUAUUAUGAAUCUAGUGAAUGUUGGAAAAUCUUUAGCCAUUAGCAUAACCUCAUUUCGUGCCAGCAUGUUCACCCUAGAGAAAAGUAGAAGUGAAGGCAAUGUCAUCUUUCCUUGUUAACAUGAUAACUUGGUAGAGCAAUGCUUUGGAGAUUAGCUUUUUAGGGAGAGAGCCAGCAGUUGAGCCUCCUGCAUCUAAACAUCCACACUAGGGAUAUUGUCUGUACUGCCAGAUAUAUGGGAAGAUUUUGUGAACUGUGUUGCAGUUUUCAACUUGACUGGGGCCUUUCCCAGAGUUAUGUCCCUGCCAGUGCCUAUUUAAAAAUGUCAUCUCUUUUCUACCAACUGGCAAAGAGCCAUGGUGUGUAGCAUUUUAGUCACAUUAAAAUGCAGUUAUGGCA